CGGGCGCCGGGCGGCCGAAGAUCAGCAGGGAACCGCCGAGGUGCGCGUCAGUCCCCAGCCCGCGAGGGGACGCGGAGGAAAUGUGGACUGUGUAGAGAUAUGAGCGAUAUUUAUCUCCGAUGUUGGAUAUUUGCUUGGAAAAACGUGUGGGUACGACCUUGGCUGCCCCGAAGUGUAGCUCCAGCGCUGUGAGGUUUCACGGGUUGGCAGAGGGGACCGAGGGGACCAUGAAAAUGGACAUGGAGGACGCGGAUAUGACUCUGUGGACAGAGGCUGAGUUUGAAGAGAAGUGUACGUACAUUGUGAAUGAUCACCCCUGGGAUUCUGGAGCUGACGGAGGGACUUCGGUGCAGGCAGAGGCAUCCUUACCGAGGAAUCUGCUUUUCAAAUAUGCCACAAAUAACAAAGAGGUUAUUGGAGUGGUGAGUAAAGAAUACAUACCAAAGGGAACACGUUUUGGACCUCUAAUAGGUGAAAUCUACACAAAUGAUACCGUUCCCAAGAAUGCCAACAGGAAAUAUUUUUGGCGGAUCUAUUCCAGAGGGGAGCUUCACCACUUCAUUGAUGGCUUUAAUGAGGAGAAGAGCAACUGGAUGCGCUAUGUGAAUCCGGCGCACUCUGCCCGGGAGCAAAACCUGGCUGCGUGUCAGAACGGGAUGAACAUCUACUUCUAUACCAUUAAGCCCAUUCCUGCCAACCAGGAGCUUCUUGUGUGGUAUUGUCGGGACUUUGCAGAAAGGCUUCACUACCCUUACCCUGGAGAGCUGACAAUGGUGAAUCUCACACAAACACAGAGCCAUCCAAAGCAGCAGAGCACCGAGAAAAAUGACCUUUGCCCAAAGAAUGGUCCCAAGUACACCGUGAAAGAAAUCCUAAAAUUGGACUCCAACCCCUCCAAAGGAAAGGACUUCUACCGUUCGAACAUUUCACCCCUCACUUCAGAAAAGGAUGCUGACAACUUCAGAAAAAAUGGGAGCCCUGACAUGCCCUUCUACCCUCGGGUUGUGUACCCGAUCCGGGCCCCUCUACCAGAAGACUUUUUGAAAGCUUCCCUGGCCUAUGGGAUGGAGAGGCCGACGUACAUCACUCACUCCCCUCUUCCCUCCUCCACAACGCCCAGUCCCUCUGCGAGAAGCAGCCCCGACCAAAGCCUCAAAAGCGCCAGCCCUCACAGCAGCCCAGGGAACACCAUGUCGCCUCUGGCUCCUGGCUCUCAAGAACAUCGAGACUCUUACCCCUACUUGAAUGCGCCCUAUGGCACCGAAGGUCUGGGUUCUUACCCUGGAUAUGCGCCUCCCCACCACCUGCCACCAGCCUUCAUCCCCUCCUACAAUGCUCACUACCCCAAGUUCCUUCUACCCCCCUAUGGCAUGAAUUGUAACGGCCUGAGCACCAUGGGCAGCAUCAACGGCAUCAACAACUUCGGCCUCUUCCCCCGGUUAUACCCUGUCUACGGUAACCUCCUCAGCGGGGGCAACCUGCCUCACCCCAUGCUCAACCCGGCCACUCUCCCGAGCUCGCUGCCCUCGGAAGGAGCUCGCAGGUUGCUUCAGCCCGAACAUCCCAGAGAGGUGCUGGUCCCAGCACCCCACAGUGCCUUCUCCCUCACCGGGGUCGCCCCCAGCAUGAAGGACAAGGUGUGCAGCCCCACCAGCGGGUCGCCCACUGCGGGCACGGCUGCCACCGCAGAACACGUGGUGCAGCCCAAAGCUACCUCAGCAGUGACAGCAGCCCCCGGCAGUGACGAAGCCAUGAGUCUCAUAAAAAACAAGAGAAACAUGACUGGCUACAAGACACUUCCCUACCCCCUGAAGAAGCAGAAUGGCAAGAUUAAGUAUGAAUGCAACGUCUGCUCCAAGACUUUUGGCCAGCUCUCAAAUCUGAAGGUCCACCUGAGAGUGCACAGUGGAGAACGGCCUUUCAAAUGCCAGACUUGCAACAAAGGCUUUACUCAGCUCGCCCACCUGCAGAAACACUACCUGGUACACACGGGAGAAAAGCCACAUGAAUGCCAGGUUUGCCACAAGCGAUUCAGCAGCACCAGCAAUCUCAAGACCCACCUGAGACUCCACUCAGGAGAGAAACCUUACCAGUGCAAGGUGUGCCCUGCCAAGUUCACCCAGUUUGUGCACCUGAAACUCCACAAGCGCCUACACACCCGGGAGCGGCCCCACAAGUGUGCCCAUUGCCACAAGAGCUACAUCCAUCUCUGCAGCCUCAAGGUCCACCUGAAGGGGAACUGUCCCGUGGCCCCAACCACAGGGCUGCCUUUGGAGGACCUGACCCGAAUCAACGAAGAAAUCGAGAAGUUUGACAUCAGUGACAAUGCUGACCGGCUGGAGGACAUGGAGGACAACAUCGAUGUGACCUCUGUGGUAGAGAAGGAAAUUCUGGCCGUGGUCAGGAAGGAGAAAGAAGAAACUGGCCUGAAAGUGUCUUUGCAAAGAAACCUGGGGAAUGGACUCCUCUCAGGGUGUAACCUUUAUGAGUCAUCAGACCCGUCCCUCAUGAAGUUGCCUCACAGCAACCCACUACCUCUGGGACCUGUCAAGGUCAAACAAGAAACAGUUGAACCAGUGGAUCCUUAAGAUUUUCAGAAAGCAAUAAGUGUUUUGUUUUUGUUUCUUAACUUAUGACUUGGCAAGUCAGGGUGCCUGUAGCAAAUUAUUUGUACAUAUAUCCAGUUCUGCAAAGCUCUCCUGACAGCAGGUGGUUUCCCUGCAUCUCUCUGGAAUUAAAGAAGGAACUCCAAAGUUACUGAAAUCUC